CACCAGCUCCACAAGUCCUGGUGUCUUUAAAAGGAUCAGCUUGAGGAAUAAGGCUCAUUUGAGAGCCGUGACAUUCAUCUGACUCUAGUGAAAGUACAACAGCCACUCCCUUUUUGGCCUCCAACUGGGCACCAUGAGGGCCUGCAUCCCCCUGGUAUUGGCCGUGCUGUGCGGCCUGGCCUGGGCUGAGGACCACAAAGAGUCAGAGCCAUUGCCACAGCCGGAGGAAGAGACAGAAGAGGCCCUCGCCAGCAACUUGUACUCGGCACCCACCUCCUGCCAGGGCCGCUGCUACGAAGCCUUCGACAAGCACCACCAAUGUCACUGCAAUGCCCGCUGCCAAGAGUUUGGGAACUGCUGCAAGGAUUUCGAGAGCCUGUGUAGUGAUCAUGAGGGCUUCUCCCACAGCAGUGAUGCCAUAACCAAAGAGGAGAUUCAGAGCAUCUCUGAGAAGAUCUACAGGGCAGACACCAACAAAGCCCAGAAGGAAGAUAUCAUUCUCAAUAGCCAAAACUGCAUCUCCCCGUCAGAGACCAGAGACCAAAGGGAUCGCUGCCCAAAGCCACUCUUCACUUAUGUCAAUGAGAAGCUGUUCUCCAAGCCCACCUAUGCAGCCUUCAUCAACCUCCUCAACAACUACCAGCGGGCGACAGGUCAUGGAGAGCACUUCAGUGCCCAGGAGCUGGCCGAACAGGACACCUUCCUCAGAGAGAUCAUGAAGACGGCAGUCAUGAAGGAGCUCUACAGCUUCCUCCAUCACCAGAAUCGCUAUGGCUCAAAACAAGAGUUCAUUGAUGACUUGAAGAACAUGUGGUUUGGGCUCUAUUCAAGAGGCAAUGAAGAGGGGGACUCGAGUGGCUUUGAACAUGUCUUCUCAGGUGAGGUCAAAAAAGGCAAGGUCACUGGCUUCCAUAACUGGAUCCGCUUCUACUUGGAGGAGAAGGAGGGUCUGGUUGACUAUUACAGUCACAUCUACGAUGGUCCUUGGGAUUCUUACCCCGACGUACUGGCAAUGCAGUUCAACUGGGACGGCUACUAUAAGGAAGUGGGCUCCGCUUUCAUCGGCAGCAGCCCUGAGUUUGAGUUUGCACUCUACUCCCUGUGCUUCAUCGCCAGGCCAGGCAAAGUGUGCCAGUUAAGCCUGGGAGGAUAUCCCUUAGCCGUCCGGACAUAUACCUGGGACAAGUCCACCUACGGGAAUGGCAAGAAGUACAUCGCCACAGCCUACAUAGUGUCUUCUGCCUAAUAGAACUUCGAGCCAGAAAGGGGUAUGAGGGCUCUUGCAAGACUGAAGUGCUAUCUUCUCCAGACUAGAGAGAAGAGGGAGAGGACUGGGAGGGAUCACCAAAUCUCAAAGCAAUGAGAAGCAUUCCUAAAUCCCAAAGUGCCCACAUGGGAAAGAGAUAAAAUGUACAAAUUAGAAAAAUUGGACAAACAGUCAAACCUUUAUCCUCUAGAAUUUUGGCAAUGUAGACUAAGAAACAGAGUCCAGGCAGAGAAGGUAGGAGCCCUCCAUAGCUCUCUGCCCUGAUGUGUGGGGGAACUAGGAAGAAGUCCUUUGACCUCCCCAGGCCUCAUGCUUCCCUUUAAUGUAAAGGAAGGGGUUUCCCCACUUUCCUCUUUUCGGGGUUGGGGAAAGGGCAAACCCUGAUAUUUUUACUGCGAUGGUGUUUUCAAUUGUUCUUAGGAAGAGCAGCUGAUAGAAAUUCAAGAUUACUAUAAUGGCUGUUAUUAUACACAGCUCUGUAAACUACAACUCAG